UGUGUGUGUGUGUGUGUGUGUGUGUGUGUGUGUGUGUGUGUGUGAAUGAGAGUGUGUGUGAGUGUGAUAGUCACUUUGCUCUGCUUCAGCUGGGAAAAGGAGUUUAGAAACCAGUGUACGUCAUGGAGCAGAGAGAGGAGGUCAUUCUGCAGCCUUGAUUUACCUGAAAGAGGAGGUGAAAAGACACACACGAUUUGGAACACAGCCAGAGGAAGGAGAGACAUCGGUAUGACGGACCCUGUGAUGGAGGAGUGUGAUUCUGUACCUGGGAAUGAAGAGCUGGACUGGGGCUACGAGGAAGGUGUAGAGUGGGGUCUGUUGUUCCCCGAGGCGAACGGAGAGAACCAGUCUCCCAUUAACCUGAACUCCAGAGAGGCUCUUUAUGACCCCCGACUGCUGGAGGUGGGUUUAAUGCCCAACUAUGUGGUGUGUCGAGACUGUGAGGUCAUCAACGAUGGACACACGGUCAGGAUCAUGCUGAAGUCUAAAUCAGUGGUGACUGGAGGCCCGCUGCCCAGUGACCACGAGUUUGAGCUGCAUGAAGUUCGCUUCCACUGGGGCAAGGAGAACCAGAGGGGAUCUGAACACACUGUUAACUUCAAGGCCUUUCCUAUGGAGCUGCAUCUGAUCCACUGGAACAGCACCCUGUUCAACACUGUGGAGGACGCCAUUGGCAAGAAGAAUGGAAUCCUCAUCAUCGCUCUCUUCGUCCAGAUCGGUAAGGAGCAUCUGGGACUGAAGGCUGUUACAGAGGUGUUACAGGACCUGCAAUAUAAAGGAAAGACAAAAAUAAUCCCGUGCUUUAAUCCCAACACUUUACUGCCUGAUCCGUUAUUAAGAGAUUACUGGGUGUAUGAAGGAUCUUUAACGACACCGCCAUGUAGCGAAAACGUCACCUGGAUCCUCUUCCGCUAUCCGCUAACCAUCUCUCAAAUGCAGAUUGAGGAAUUCCGGAGACUCCGCUCUCACUUUAAAGGGGCGGAGCUUCCUGAAGGAAAUGACGGGAUGCUGGGAGAUAAUUUCCGACCUACGCAGCCUCUGAGUGACCGCGUGGUCAGAGCUGCGUUUCAGUAAAGCACCGCUGCAGCAGUCCAUCACUAACACCGAUGAUUACGGAGCUGAGCUGCUUGAAGGAACCUGAGCCGUCUCAUUAAACCCCACUCGAUGUUAACAUAGUUCAAGCCCAACAUGCCACAUUACACAAGAGGAACAGAUCCCAGUGACAAGCCAAGAAUUUGUCAUGAUCUUUUAUGAAGGUGUAAAAGGCAGGUGUCAAGAAUCAGUCACACACAAUAUUCACUAGGAGUCGAGAAACUUUCUUAGUUAGACUAAUCGUCCAUAUGUUGGUUUGUCCGUCAUUUAAGGCUCAUUUUACUUGCUGUAUUAGCAACAACAACAACAAAACUGAUAUUAUCCUAAUAGUCACGACUAACUGGAUAGCUCGCAACAUCGAGUAGACAAAAAACUGUAGCUAUUGUUGUAUUAUUUGUUUGUAGAUUACGUUACAUUAGAUUUCCUCAGCUAAACUAACACAAUCGCUAGCAUAAGAUAGCAUGCGUAGGUUAUAAGUGUAACUUUUUUUAAAAAGCUGCUCUGUAUUUGGAGCUUUGACGCUACGUCCGCUUUGUCGCUAGCUUCGGCUAAUUUUUUUCUCAAGCGUUUUCCGACUCGUAUAGAAGAAACGCUCGUACUAUAACGUUUAAUUUACGUUUAGGAUACGUACUGAAGUGAAGAACAAACCUAAGCGCUUCUAUGUCGUUAUUUACUACAGAGACAAUGUGCUGGGGUUUAACAUGAAUAAAUAAAAUCAUUUUUAAAUGAAA